AAUGCUUUAUAAGCGAUGAAUCAGAAAAAAAUCUGAAUUUAAUUUCAUUCACUGGAUUAUUUACCAAAUUAAUUUCACUUAGGACGUUUAUUGGAAUAAUGCAAAGAAAUAAAAAACAAAAUAAUCGUGGACCUUUAAGGGCAAUUUCUAUCGUUUUACCAAAUGUUAACAAUAUUACUUCGACUUUACCAAUGAAACGGACAAUUAUAACCAGUACAGAUUGUGAAGAUAAGCCACGGUAAGCUAAACAGUAUUUUUUUUUCAGAUGCUCCGUUAUAUAAUUAUUAUUGUUAAGUUUUAACAUUUUGACAAUAUUCAACAUUAACUUAGUAAAGUACAUCCAUCAAGAAAAGUUAUUUAUGAAGGGUGUUCAUUUAAAUUACAGGAAUUAGGUGACAAGUUUGACAGUCGCUGUUUGGAAAUUGGUUCAUGCGAAUAUUUUAUAAAAUAAGCAAUUCAGCAAAAGUUAAAUCACUACAUCUUAAAAGUUUACAUUUGUUUUCGUUCAGUAAAAUAAUCGGAAAUGUUUCAUAAUAAGUGUCUCCAAUCCAUUUAUGAUGCAAUCAUUUUAUUAUCCUUUUAUAUAUAAAUAUAUAUAAAUAUACAGCUAUAAAUAUGAAUGUACAACUUAAGUAAAUGAUUUCGUCAAAAAGAAAAUUUACUUCGCUAAAUUCCCUUUUUUUCCAAUGACACAAUAGGUCACUUUAAUUAUCUGAACCUAUGGACAUUCAAAAGUUUGAUGCUUUCAUACAUCACUCAGUUAUAAAGUAGAAAUAAGUAUAAAUAUUAGUCAAAAUGACAUUGACUGAUUGAAGGGAUCACGAACAUAGAAACAUCAAAACGUUUUCGUAUAAUAAUAAGAAAAAGGAACUUUGUUCAUGAAAUCUUUAGUUGAUCCCCUCACAAGUAGUGAAUUAAUUUUAAAAAUUAUGACAUACUCUGAUACGUACCUUUUCUCUUAAACGAGUUGCUGAAUAUUGUAUUGGAAUUCAAAAGGUUUAAACAUUCCGGUGCUUGGAUUUUAGAAUUGCGUACUUUAGUUCGUCCCAUGUUCUCAAUAAACUAUAUUAAAAAUUCAGUUCUUUCUGAUCUUACCAUAUGCGAAUAGGCUAGACGAAUUGACACCGUCUGUAAUCAUUUGAAAGGCUUAUCCAUACUUGGUUUGACUAGUUCGAGUCACCAUUUAUCAUUAAUCUUCACCCAUUAGCUCCGUUCCACCAUCCAAAUGAUCAUGUGAUAUCCAUAAUGAUCGGCUUUUUUCUUGUCAUUCUAUUUGUCUAAAAUGAAUAAAAUUUUUAGACAGGGAGAGACAAUCGUCCAUUCAAAUUUUGACAAAUUAAAGUAACUCCACCAAGCAUCUCUUUAGUUUUGGAAAUAUGGAUGAGAAAAUGAACUGAUCUUAAAUAUCUUGGGAUUUAUGGAUUAUUAUAAUAGCUAUGACCUAUAUGCAUAGUUAAGUGAUAGGAGGGUCAGAUUGGUAUUACGUAUUGGUAUUUUCAUGUGAUUACGUAACGUUAUCCAAAAUUAAGGAUAUUAAUCAUAACAUUCAUGAUCCCCUAUCCCGAUGAUUGGGCGAAAUGAGUGAGGGGUGUGUCCUUUACCCACAUUUUCAUAGGCUUUUAACUAUUCCUCUGUUAUAAAAAUAGUAUAAAAAUGUUCUCACCGAUUAGCUUUACGUUCCUUUUCAGUUUGCCAGUUGAUCAUACAUUGUCUACACCAUUGUGUCGUGUAGCCACUUCAAGACUGUCUCAAACUAAAACAUUUGAAAAUUUUACUGAAAUAUUACCAAUGCCUUUACGAUCAUCAUCAUGCCGUUAUGAUAAAGAAAAUUUUAGUAAUCAGAAAUCUGACAUACGUCAUCAUUUCCCUAUUCGCAACAGUAUCAACAGACUGUCAUACGUAGAAACUGAUAAUGUGAAAGCACCUGAUAUUACUGUUGAUUCUCCGCUUACUAUAUCGUGUAAUUUGAAUACGAGUUUAUCAUCUGUGGAUUCUAUUUUUUCGUUUGGUGGUGCAACACGCAAACGUCAAUCAAGCUCUGGUGAAAUCGAUACAAAAGCUAAGCAGUCACGUUAUACUGAAAGCCAAAAGUCUGUGAAGCUGAGAAAUGACAAGGAUACAAUUUGCUUGACAAUGGGUGCUGAGGUCAAAGCUCAUCCCAGGUACAAUCUGAGAAAGAAUGCACUUGAUGCGGACAUCAAUGAAGAUAAUGUACACAAUUCUAAGAAGCAUUUGGCUCCUAUUUGUCCUGUUCCCAUGCCAAGCGGCUUCCCCCUUCAGCUUCCAAUUCGUUACUCUUCUGUUUCACUUCCUUGGGAAAUGAAAUCCGACACAAGGUUCACUUCAUCAAGAACUGUGGAAACACAAACUUCACCUACUCACAAUAAUCAGACUUCUGCUUGUGAAAAACCUAGAGGUAGACGGCAUACAGGAUUGGGUCUUCGUAAUUCUGCUACUGUUCAAGUACUUCAAAAUUUAAAACGAAAGUUUAGCCAUCUGAGGAGAGCAAUCAGCGCUGACAGAAUAAACAAAAGUUCUUCCACGCCAUCUGACACCAGAGAGUCCAAUAACUGCAAUUAUACAUCCCUUCCAAGGAAUCCAGACCAGUCAACUGAUCUAAAUAUACAACAAAACCCGGAAGCUACACCCUACAAACUUACUUGUAAAGUUGUACGUAAAAAUCCUGAUGGCUCUAUUCAGAUCUCAUUGAGACGUUCAUCAAUAAAUGGGCAGUUCGGGUUUUUUAUUGCUCGUGACUCUAAAGGUAUAUAUGUGACUCGGUUGGGAAGUGUUCGAUGUGCGGCUAAACUUUGGGAUGUAUUUCAUGUUGGUGAUAGAAUUUUAGAAGUUCAAGGUUUGUCAUGCGAUAAUCUCGAUGUAGAAGAAAUUCGAAAUCUUAUACGUGGUUGUGAACUUGUUGAAUUUAAAAUUAAACCAUGCUCUCAUACAGAUUCAAAUUUUUCACGCAAACAUUCAUUAUAAUUGAGUCUUUCUUAAUUUGUUUUUAUUUCAUUCAGAUGAUAUACAGUUGUUAUUGCCUUUUAUUAAUUUCAUAAACACCUAUUUAUUGUACAAAGAUUUCCAGAUUUUUAUGUUUUUAAAGUAAGAUAGUAUAGUUAAAUAUCUCCUUGUAAACUAUUUUGAUUCUACUAUUAUUAUUAUGAUGUUGAUGACGAUGAUGAUUUAAUUGUACUUAACAGAUAGAGUUAUAAAUAUUAAAUUUUUUUAAUUUCUCAUAUAAGAUAAUUUAUACAUUUUUAAUAAUACUUUCCUUGUUUCUGUACAUAAGAAAAUUUAUUGAAUAACAUGAUUAUUUGUAUUUUC